GACGAUACUCUAGAAGAAUACCAACAUUGACCCGCGACUUACCCGUUGAGAUGCUGAAAAGGAGGUCCAACAUAGCGACGGAGGGAAAACAAGUCCACAAAAGAAUCGACGCCGUGGGAUCAACGCGUUAAAAUAAACAGCGCGAGAGAUAACCACACACCAUUCUGUACAUUUUUAACCAGUAAUAUACCAUUUCUCAGGAUCGAUUCUCUCCAAGUUCCUGACCCUAAUUCUGAGUCAAUUACCUGCCGUGCUCGAACAUUUGUCUGCACGGGAGCUUCGGCAUUGUUGUCUUCACACAAUUUCAAGGCAGUGAAAUCUGGCUAUUUGAGAAUGGCUUUGGACAAUCUAAGUAAGAGUUUGCCCCCUUCAAGUCAAAGAAGGCCAGGACUUUUGAGAGAUCAAGUGCAGUUGGUAAAGAGAAAGGACUGUGAUCGAUAUGAAAUUGCUCCAAUUCCUGAACUGCUUUCAUUUGAGAAAGGAUUCUUUAUAGUAAUCCGUGCAUGCCAACUCCUCACUCAGCAUAUGGAUGGCAUCAUAGUUGUAGGACUGGCUGGUCCAUCUGGUGCAGGAAAGACCGUGUUCACUGAAAAGAUGCUCAGUUUUAUGCCCAGCAUAGCUGCAAUUUCAAUGGAUAACUACAAUGAUUCAAGCCGCCUUAUUGAUGGCAAUUUUGAUGAUCCACGGUUGACAGAUUAUGAAACUUUGCUUGACAAUAUUCAUGGUUUGAAGGCCGGAAAGCCUGUUCAAGUACCAGUUUAUGAUUUCAAGCAGAGCUGUCGCAUAGGCUACAGGACACUGGAAGUCCCUUCAUCAAGAAUUGUAAUUUUGGAAGGCAUUUACGCCUUGAGUGAAAGGCUUCGACCCGUUUUGGAUCUUCGUGUGUCAGUGACAGGAGGUGUACAUUUUGACCUUGUGAAAAGAGUACUUCGUGAUAUCCAUCGUGCAGGGCAAGAGCCAGAGGAAAUCAUUCAGCAAAUUUCUGAAACGGUUUAUCCAAUGUACAAGGCCUAUAUUGAACCAGAUUUGCAAACUGCCCAUAUAAGAAUUAAAAACAAGUUCAAUCCAUUUUCUGGAUUCCAAACUCCAACUUAUAUUUUGAAGUCAUCAAAAACUUUGACUGAAGACCAAAUCAAGGCCUGUAUUUCCCCAAAGCAUGUUGUAACAAUGGAGGAGACUUAUGACAUAUAUCUCUUGCCACCUGCUGAAGACCCAGAAGCAUGCCAGUCAUACCUGAGAAUGCGAAAUAGAGAUGGAAAGUAUAGCCUUAUGUUUGAGGAGUGGGUUACAGACAAUCCAUUCAUCAUAUCUCCAAGGAUUACUUUUGAAGUUAGUGUUCGUCUUCUUGGAGGACUCAUGGCUUUGGGGUACACUAUUGCAACUAUAUUAAAAAGAAAAAGUCGUGUAUUUUCUGAUGACAAGGUUUGCAUAAAAAUGGAUUGGCUUGAACAACUAAACCGAAAAUAUGUGCAGGUACAAGGUCGAGACCGAAAUACAGUAAGAGUUGUAGCAGAACAGCUUGGAUUGGAAGGUUCUUAUAUUCCUCGUACUUACAUUGAGCAAAUUCAGCUGGAAAGACUUCUGAAAGAAGUUAUGGCAUUACCAGAAGAUCUGAAAACAAAGCUCAGCAUUGAUGAAGAAUUUGUUUCUAGUCCAAGACUGUCACUUCCUAGAACUCUCACGCAUAACCUACCUACAAACAAGAAAUUUUCAAAGAGUCUGAGCUUGACAAGGAAUUUCACCAAAGGCAUACCAGUAAGUGAAUUAGAACGUGUACCUUCAACUCAGAGAGAUCGCAACCGGACUGAGUUACCAAGACUAGACGUUAACAAUAAAAGAUUUGACAGUCGAUUACCUGAUUCACCAGCGUAUUUAUCAGAGAACCAGGGAAUAAUAACACAGCUAUCAGAACAGAUAUCUACUUUGAAUGAGAGGUUGGAUGAGUUAGUGUCUCGCCUUGACAAAUUGAAUGCUAAAUCCGCACCUGUAAGUGGAUCUCAUAGCCAUCAAAAUUUGACUCUUCAAGCUGAACCUUCUGGUGUUCCUACCCCAAUAUCUAGUAACAUCAUGAAUGGGCCUCGAAUGCCAAUUAGCACAUCAAGUGGGCAGCUUACAGUUGAAUCAUCAUUGAUGGAGGAGAUAACACUUCUUACCAGGGGUCAACGGCAAAUAGGGCAUCAGUUGGACAUUCUUAGCACUCUCCUACAUGAAAACUUGGGUCAUCAUAAUCAGCAAGAGAGAAAUGAGAAAGCUAAGUUCUUAAACAACAUUAAUGUAGGUUACAUGACAUGUUCCUUUGUUUUCCUUUUGGCCAUUGGUGGUGUGAGUACUGUGCUACUCCGUACAAUGAGAAAGCAUUGAAUUGCUGUCAAGGAAGUACACAUUUUUGUUUCUCACAAUUGGAAACUGUUAGUUUUGUAAAUACAAAUAUAAUGAUAUUUGCAACACUGAUCCGCAAAUAGGAUUUUUUUAUCUAAUUAAGAAUUGUAUAGCAAUCCUAAAUGAGAUCUCCUAGCACAGUUAUCUCCAUGUCAGUAUUAGAUCUAAAUGAUCCACACAUCAGGAAAUUUGUGUGGCAGAGUAGUUCAAUAUGCUACAAGUGAUAUUCCAGACAAUGAGACAGCAUUGAAUCACUGUCGAGGAGGUACUGUUAUAUUAGAAGCAUUUUAUGUAAAUUCCCCGCAUCUCAUUAUCGCUAUUCCAUACUUUUAUUUGGGCUCUAUAUUUCAGCCUUUCGAAAAAUGAGAAAGCAUUGAAUUGCUGUCAAGGAGGAACACAUUUUUGUUUCUCACAAUUGGGAACUGUUAGUUUUGUAAAUACACACAAUAAUAUUUGGAACA